AAAGAAAACAAAAGCUCGUGCGGUCAAAAGAGCCGCGAUGACAAAACGGAGGGGAGCAAGGCCAUCCAUCAUGCCGUACGACCGCGGAAGCGGAACGGAACGGGGGCGACGCGACGGGCUCUCACUGCGGCUCGAUCGGCCGUACCCGCGGGGCCCGCGCCCCCGGCUAUAAAUUCCGUAGCCCAGCAGCGCAUCACCCGCUGCCGUCUUGUACUUGCGCGCACCCGUACGGCUACUCGGCUCAGGUCGGAGUCUCGGAGAGAAGGUUCUUGCGUGCGUAUAAGCCGCAGCCUGUGUGUGCCGCGUCGAACCCUCUUGCUCGCCCGCCGCCGCCGCCGCCCGUGCUCGUCGCUCGGCUGCCGGCUGCCGCGGACAUGGGGCGCGCGCCGUGCUGCGACAAGGCGAGCGUGAAGCGAGGGCCCUGGUCGCCGGAGGAGGACGAGCAGCUGCGGAGCUACGUCCAGCGCCACGGCAUCGGCGGCAACUGGAUCGCCCUGCCGCAGAAAGCAGGGCUGAACCGGUGCGGCAAGAGCUGCCGCCUGCGGUGGCUCAACUACCUGCGGCCGGACAUCAAGCACGGCGGCUACACGGAGCAGGAGGACCAGGUCAUCCUGUCGCUCUACAGCUCGAUCGGGAGCAGGUGGUCGAUCAUCGCGUCCAAGCUCCCCGGCCGGACCGACAACGACGUCAAGAACUACUGGAACACCAAGCUCAAGAAGAAGGCCGUGGCGGGCGCCACCGGCGGAGCCUUCGCCGCGCCCGCCACGCCGCCGCCGGCGGCGGCGCUCUCGCCCGCCUCCUCGUCCGUGACCAGCUCGAGCGGCGACGCGCGCUUCGCCGCGUACCCGCCGCCGCCACAGGCGCAGCAGCACCAGGGGCUGAUCCGCUUCGACGCGCCGCGGACCACCGAGCUCGCGCCCGUGCCGCCCGUCGCGCAGCUGGGCGCCGCCGUCUGGGCGCCGUGCGCGGCGGCGAGUGGCGCCGUGGCGGCGCUGGACGACGACGUGUUCUUGCCCGAUCUCGUCACCGGCGGCGGCGAGCAGCUGUUCCCGUACGGCGACUUCUACGCUGGCCUGCAGGACCGGGCCCUGGAGCUCUCGGCGUGCUACUUCCCCAACAUGGCCGAGAUGUGGGGCGCCGCCGCCUCCGACGCCAAGCCGCAGGGACUCUGCAACACCUUGACAUAGGACUUGGGCUCUGCUCGUGGGGUUGUCGCGCGAAAAAAAGCUUCGAUUGCUCCAUUGAUUCGUGGACGAUGGGAGAGUUUGAUCCGUCGCGCCAAGGUAGAUAGGAUCCGUAGCUCCCUGCUCUUCACUGCUUCUCCUGUCAUGUCCCUAUCUCUCUCUCCCUUUCUUUCUCCUUUCCGUGUGGAUAUAGAUUGUGGCCGGUAUUUUGCUGUGUAUCACUACAUUACAUGUCAGUAAAUUGGUACGACCGAGAUGUGAAUUACGCUUU